GGCAACUAUCUAUAUAUAGCAUGCGCAUGAUGCGCAUACGCUCGGCGUCAUAAAAUGUCUUCCGCAUGAGGUUACACCAAUUUUGGGCUUUAGCGUGCGGGGAAAGGCAGAGAAGCAUAUAUAUAUUUACAGGACAGAUAACCGGCUAAUUAUCAAUUACUACGCGUAAGCACGUGACGCGACGCGACGCGUCCCGUGAAAAGUGGAGUAGUAGCUCUUCCGCUGAAGCACCGAACACGGCGAUUGUGACGCCGCUGCUUCGUUUUACCCUUAUCUGUCAGAAGUGACAAAUCCAAGACCCCGGAUCGAGACAGUCGAUCGUCAGACGUAUAGGUAGCUCCCGCGAGAUUCGGGCGACGCAAUGGCGCACUGGUUUCACCGCAACGUGCUGAAAGCGACGUACGCAAAUCAGAAUUUCGAGUUGAAAAUCUCUAAUCCUACGGACGCCACCAGGAAGCUUUGCAGUGACAUAAAGCUGUCAAGAGCCAGGCUUCUCGACCUGCUCAGAAAUCCAAACAAUACCAGCGAUUCGAUAGAGCCUGCGUUUCUCAGUUACCUAAGUUUGUUGUAUGGAUUUCUAUGGGAAAUCAACCCGUCCGAGGAAGAAGCGCAGCAUGUCGGCAGACCUAAUCCCAGCAAGCUCAGAAAUGUUCUCGUGUUCAAAUGGACGCACACGUUGCUUGGCUGUGGCACAUUUUCUAGCGCUGACUCGGUUUACGAAGCAGCUAACAUGAGCGUCAAUGUAGGCCUUUGGUUUAUGAAGCAUGCGGCGAUGAUUGCUGCAAAAGAUGACAUAACAAUGGACGAAGCUAAGGAAGUGCACAGUAUGCUAAGACGGGCCGCCGGAAUAUUUACUUUUGUGCAGACCGAAUUUUUGCCACAGUUGGCUAAUCCACCGCCUUUGGGAAGUGACUUGGACCCUCGUGUACUAAAUGCAUAUGUUAAUCAAUGCACAGCGGAAGCGCAAGAAGUGACAGUGGCUAGAGCGGUAGAACUGAAACACAAUUCUAGCUUGAUAUCAGCUUUAGCCAAUGAGACUAGUAAGUUGUUUCUGGACGCCGCCAAUACUCUUCGUCCAUUCAAACCAGAAAUAUCUGCUCAAUGGAUAAAAUAUCUGGAGCUUAAAGCAGCAUUUUAUCAAUCUUACGCUUAUAAUUAUUGCGGUGAAAACUUGUUGGCAAUGGAUAAAUGCGGCGAAGCGAUACGAGCGAUGCAGGAAAGCGAUUUGUGUUUAAAGAAGGCGAAAGCGCUCUGUCAGGAAUAUGGGAAAACGAACGGGCCUGCGCCUCGCGUUAAACCGGAUCAACACGCCGUGUUUAAACGCUUGGCGCCUAUAGUGAAGCUUACUCUCGAUAAGUGUAAUCGAGAAAACGGUUUGAUAUACCAUCAUACAGUACCGGGAGAAAUUCCAGUCUUAGAUACCAAGGCUACUUACGGCUUGGUCAGUCCGAUCGACUUUCAAAUGCCGUCACCAAAUCAUAUCUGGAAUUUGGGCACAUACAGCGUACUAGCUGGGGUAGCGGCGGCGAAAGCGGGAAAGGAGCACAAUUUGCCGCCGGUUAAAGAAGAGGCGAUUCAUCAAAGCAGCAAGGAGCCAAAAAACGCAAGCGGUUGUACGCUACAAUAAGGCUCUCUACGUGCAACGAUAUAGGCCGUUUGUAAAUGCUUUCUUUUUUCGUCACAGUGAUAUUAAUUUUAAUUGCGAUAGACAUGUGUGGACGGCGUUCGGAGUUAGACAUACGUGUGUCACGCGCACACAAGUACAAAUCCCGUUGUAUGGAACGUAAAGUAUUAACUAUUAGAUUAAAAAAGAGAAAUACAGAGUAAUUAUCUAUUAUUACGAAAACGCAUUUCACUGACAAUGAGUAUUAAAUACCGCGUCACGCAACGGAUAGAUAAAUGACUGCAAAAGAGAGAUUAAUCUAACCGAUUCUAACGUAUCAGUGUACAUCUGCAUCGUUCUACACAUGUCCGAAUCCUUUUAGCGGGCGACUUUUACGUUUGCGAAAUAACAUAUGUGAUGCGAUUCGUAAUUUGCUUUUAUCGUACGUAAUCAAUACUAUGGCUACUAUUGUAGAUACAAGUGAUUCCUUGCUCAAGGCAAAGAAUUGUUGAUGUCGCAGACAUUACUUUAAUCGCUUUGUUCGACCUAGUCAAUGCUUUAGAGUGAAACUAAAUUUUUUAAUCGGUAAUGCGAGGGAGAAAAUGCUCGCAAGCAAUGUGCAUAUAAUGCACAUUACCAGUAUGCAUAUAUUAUAACAAAGAGACGUAUGCAAUCUUUUUCUACAUAUUUUUUAUAAGCUAUAGGUUUAAAUCCAGAAUGUUCAAUUCAGAUUAUAAAGAUAUUAUAUAUAUAUAUAAACAAAGUGUCUCAAAAACAAAUGUUAAACUAAUGCCAAGCAUUAGUUAUUGGUAAAUGAUAGCAAUUAUCUCUGUUAAUAAUUAUUAUUUGUGAUAUGUAAAGCAUUUUUAUAUAUAUAUGUAUACAUGACCAGUGCGUUAACUAUUGAAAUUAAAAACUUACAGGUCGCCGCACUUGAUAUUGGCUUUCGGAAAUUAUUUAUGUAUACACGCGAUAAGAAAUUUUGUUAGCUGUUAAAUAUUUAAGAAAAUAAUUUUUGUGUGCAAUAUAUUAUCAAUGAAAUCAAUGUAGCAAUAUCUUAUCUAUAUAACAUAGAUUAAUAAAGAGUAUUAAAUAUA